AUAUUCCUGAUUAUGAUGGACACAUAGUAGCAUAGUAAUUGUAGAAGCAUACAUUGUCGACGAUAACAUUUAUUAUUAUAGCGUACAUUACUCUCCUCAAAAAUAUUUCUGAUAACUCGUUUGUUUCAUGAUUGUGUCACAUCGUUGGGAUUUGGCAGGGACGAAAACACUGAUGGGUUUUAUCGAUAACUUUCUCGCAGCAUGUCUUAAGUGACGCAGUAUACGGAUUGAACAAUUCUGGAAAAUUUAUUAAUCGAGCUUUUCUUCACAUUCAGAGAAGAUUAUAUUAUUUCAGAGAAUGGUGAAUGUUCAUAAAUUAAGUUUAGGACAUGAAAUUCUGAUAUGAGUUUCAUGUCUUGUAACGCAGAUUUAUUUUUAGUAACGUAAUAACGAUAUGUACGUCUUUUAUGCUCUUUUAUUGAACUAAUAAUACUGACAAAGAGUUAUAAAUUGUGAGAGACUGCAAUGAAUUUCUGUAUCUCUGUCAUUCACCCAGCUCAAUUCCAUCACUUAAGCCUAUGACCUCAUCUCAUUUUGUUAUACAUAAGUAUGUGCCUAUGCGACGACAGGAUGACAAAAUAAUCGGAAAUAGUUGUGAGAUAAUUGAGAUAAGAUUUCUCGGAAAAGUAUGCCACACAUCUCUGCGUAACUAAUCGCAACUUCCGAACCAAUGAACAAUUUAUUAGAGCAAUUAUAUCUGUCCGAUGUGUCCAAUGUCGGAUCAGAAGGUUUUUGUUCAUUCAGUUUUAUUCAUCUUAUUCAUUCAAAGUUUCGUCGAUCCAUUCACCUCUUCUCACAAUCAUUGAUCUUGAGGAUCCAUCGAGAUGAUCAACAUCUCGCGCACGCAUACUAUUAUAUCGGAUAAAUGUCCAAGUGGCCGAUACACGUGAGAUCCGCUCACGUUGAUCCAGUUUGAUCUUCGUUACGUAUCUUUGUCUCGGUCACACUCUGACCAUGUGCUCGAUUGACGGCACUGUCCCCGACACGUUAGUCCUAUCAGCGGCGAUUUGACACUUGACCCUUGACGCUGGCCCAAGCGUCCGCGUCGGCGGGUAAAUCGCAAGCGUGCCGCGGAAUCCAGUCUCUCCUCGAUCAUUGCGCGCUUAAAUUACAACAAUUCGAUUCUCCUGUUGGUGGUGAACCAGGUGCAUCCGCAGAGGAUCGCGUCCGCGUUUCGCAUUUCGCAAGAUCCGCCGACGUCUCGAACAAUUCCGAAGGCGAGCAAUAUUCUUUCUUUUCUGUCUACCUAUCUCGCCGACACGCGAUAAUUUUCCUUGAGGUCCUUUCGUCCCAGGAUGUGACAUGCGUGGUGAUUUCUCGCUAAUUAAGAGCACAUAUGCUUGAAGACGUAAACGUUUUAGUGUAACCAUCGCAAGAUUCUUAUCUUGGCAUACUCGUGACGAAAAUUCGAGAUUUCGUCAACAGAAGUUCGAUUCUAGAUUUCUUCCCUUCAACAUCGGAGACGAAUCCUGGAUUUAGAAAAAUUGGAGCAAAUCAGGAAUUAAUAAAUAUCAAAAAUUCCUGAAACAUCGAGGUUGAUACGAGAAUACACAGUUUCAGGUAACAACGAUUAUCCGACGAGCGAUAUGGAGAACGCUUUGCUCUUGCCGGAAGUGGAGGACGAAAGCGUGAUGCAUUUUCUGGAAAACACCAAAUGCAACAACACGACUUACGCGGAGUUGCCGGACGAAAUGCGUUUCAAUGAUGGUCAUAUAGUGACAAUAGUCACUUAUGGUAUCCUGAUGAUGAUAUCAGCCGCUGGAAAUAUCACGGUGCUGAUAACGACCAUAAUACGAAGGCGAAAGUCCAAGUCCCGGAUCCACACCCUGGUGAUGCAUUUAUCAAUCGCCGAUCUCUUUGUGACGUUUCUGAUGAUGCCGCUUGAAAUCGGAUGGGCAAUUACAGUGUCUUGGGAGGCGGGAGACGCGAUGUGCCGCAUUAUGGCGUUCUUCAGGAUAUUCGGCCUGUACCUCUCGUCCUUCGUAAUAAUCUGCAUAAGCGUAGACAGGUAUUUCGCAGUGAUGCAGCCGCUUCAGAUCCUGGACGUUCACAGGAGAGGGAAGAUAAUGUUGAUACUCGCGUGGAUCGGCUCUGUACUUUGCUCCUUGCCACAGAUGUUGGUGUUCCAUCUCGAGACGCAUCCGAACCACACUUGCUAUACCCAGUGUAUAACAUUCAACACGUUCCCGACGUAUAUGCACGAACUUUCGUACUCGUUCUUCGGCAUGGUGACCAUGUACUGGUUCCCUUUAACCGUGAUAUGCUACACGUAUACCAGUAUUUUCGUCGAGAUCUGCCGUAGAUCCAAAGAGAAGAACGAAGACAAGAUACGUCGUUCCUCGAUUGACUUUCUGACUCGAGCGCGAGUACGCACAUUGAAAAUGACGGUGACCAUCAUCACCGUCUUCUUUAUCUGCUGGAGUCCUUAUUACGUGAUGAGCCUGUGGUAUUGGUUCGAUCGGUCGUCAGCCAACAAGGUCGACCUACGCAUUCAGAGGGCUCUCUUCUUCUUCGCGUGCACCAACUCCAGCAUGAAUCCCAUCAUCUAUGGUAUUUUCAACAUACGGAAGCAAAGGAACAAGACGAAGCUCCAAUCCCAUCCUCUUCUGAGGCUCAUCAACACAACUGUGGAACUUCCGGUCGUCGCAUACGCUAGAGAUUCCAUAUUCACCGUUUUCAUAAUAGCUCUGCCGAUCCUCUUUAAUCCAUCCACUUCAUGUAACAGACGCUCGUCGCACAGCCGUGGCACCGAUACGUGCACCCACCAUCGAGACCCGAGUCACGCCGCUCUCCCUAUCGAUCAAGCUUCUCGAUUGACGAUGAGCGCGACGAUGUUCGCCAGAUCGAACGGAUGCGUUUAG